GCCCACCGCGACACCAUCAACGCACCCUCAUCCCGUUCAUGGUUUCGUUACUCGCUUGAUAAAGAUAGUCACCGUGUAUACGUAACGGAGCGUAACGAUUCGGAUGAAAUUGUGGGUGGAGGAUAUUGGCAGAUUAUUGUUGAAGAGGAGGAUGCUGAUGGGGAUGGGGAUAGGGGUGAAGAAGCGAUCGAUCCAUCGUGAAUACCAAAGGGAUAUUUGACAUGUGGGUUUGGGUGGAGAUUCAGUGGAAAGGGAGGGGUGCGCAUCGUAUUGUGAUUAUUAUCCAGAAGGGAAACCGGUUCGCAAACGAAACGAGUGUUCUUUUAUAUACCAACCAUGGAUUUGAAAGGGUUCGAAAUGAGGAAGUUAAGCCAUACAAAGAAGAAUAUUUGAAGAGUGAGGAGUGGAAAGAGGUUGACGAGGAAUUGGUGGAGGUUUUGACGGGCAUGGGGAGGGUUUGUAGGAGAGGUUGA